UUCAUCCAGAACUUUUUUUCUCUUGACUCCUUCCAUGGAAGACUCGACCCCCCUGAAACAAAAAAUAGAACACCAAGAACUUGGGGAAACAGGGCGGCCGUGGGAAGAAAUGGUAACAACCUCCCAGGAUCCUGAACCUGGGUUAUCCGAGGCCUCAGAGUCGGAGCAGGGGCCGGAAACUGGACCCCAGCCCAGGAGCAGCCCUCCUGGGAUCCCCCAAUCUGGAGCCAGCACGCCUGUGGAUGACCUCGUAGGACCAGGUGUGUCGUCUCCACCUUCCCCAUCUCAGGAGCCCUAUUCCACUCCUUCUCCCCUGGCUCUGGCCGUGCAGGACCUUAUGGCACCAUGGCAGUCAGACAAGACCACUAGUGUGAUUUCUGAAGCUGGGACACCUCACUUUGACCAUUUGGAACAGUCAUCUGAUAAAGCAGAAUCAACCCCUCAUCAAACAUGCCAAUCAGAGGGAAACACUUUUCAUCAGUCUCAGCAAACCAAAUGUCACCUGUAUGGACCGAGGGAUAUGAGCUACAACAACUCUAAACCGAAAGAGCUGAGAUUUGACAUUUUUCAAGAAGAAGAUUCAAACAGUAACUAUGAUCUGGCUCAGCCUGAGUCUGGGGCUUCUGAAGUGGCCCCCAGCAUGCUUGAGAUUGCCAUUCAGAAUGCUAAGGCUUACCUACUAAAGUCCAGUACCAAGUCGGGCUUAAAUCUAUAUGAUCAUCUUUCUGAAAUGCUGACCAAGGUCUUAGAUAAACGUCCUGAAAAUGCUGUGGACAUCAUUGAAAAUGUUAGCCAAGAUGUGAAGAUGGAACAUUUUAGUAAAAAACUGGAUACACUCCAAAAUGAGAAUGAGAUGCUUCCAACCUAUGAAAUAGCAGAGGAGCAAAAAGCUCUUUUUCUCCAGGGAAAUUUAGAAGGAGCUGACCAAGAAAUGGAAGAUGAAAUAGCAGAACACUCUCUUCCAAAUGUAAUGGAGUCAGCUUUUUAUUUUGAACAAGCUGGAGUUGGUUUGGGCACAGAUGAGACUUAUCGCAUAUUUCUUGCCCUCAAGCAGCUUACUGACACCCACCCAAUCCAAAAAUGUCGUUUCUGGGGUAAGAUCUUAGGUCUGGAAAUGAAUUAUAUUGUAGCUGAAGUGGAAUUCCAUGAGGGAGAAGAUGAAGAGGAGGUGGAAGAGGAAGAUGUACCUGAAGAGAGGGACAAUGGAGGCAGUGAAGCUGAUGAAGAUGAAUUACCAAGGUCCUUUUACAAGGCCCCACAGGCUAUUCCAAAGGAAGAAAGCAGAACAGGUGCCAACAAAUAUGUCUAUUUUGUUUGCAAUGAACCAGGAAGACCAUGGGUGAAGUUACCAGCAGUUACACCUGCACAAAUUGUUAUUGCAAGAAAAAUCAAGAAAUUUUUCACUGGGCGAUUGGAUACCCCCAUCAUAAGCUACCCACCCUUCCCAGGAAAUGAGAGUAAUUACUUACGAGCACAAAUUGCCAGAAUUUCAGCAGGGACUCAUGUCAGCCCUCUAGGAUUCUAUCAUUUUGGUGAAGAAGAAGAAGAGGAGGAAGAAACAGAAGGCAGGCGAGAUAGCUUUGAAGAAAACCCUGAUUUUGAAGGCAUCCAAGUGAUUGAUCUAGUGGAAUCCCUAUCCAAUUGGGUUCAUCAUGUACAACAUAUACUCCCUCAGGGUCGCUGUAAUUGGUUCAACCCCAUACAAAAAAGUGAGGAGGAAGAAGAAGCAGAAGAAGAAGAAGAAGAAGAAGAAGAAAGAGAAGAGCCUGACUACAUAGAACAGGAAGUAGGGCCUCCUCUCUUGACACCAAUCUCUGAAGAUUUAGAGAUCCAGAAUACACCGCCUUGGACAGCACGGUUAUCCUCAAAUCUCAUUCCUCAAUAUGCUAUUGCAGUCCUUAGAUCCAACCUUUGGACUGGAGCAUAUGCCUUUUCCAAUGGCAAAAAGUUUGAAAAUUUCUACAUAGGCUGGGGUCAUAAAUAUAGUCCAGACAGCUAUACACCUCCAGUUCCACCACCAGUUUAUCAAGAGUACCCCAGUGGACCAGAAAUUACAGAAAUGGAUGACCCUAGUGUGGAAGAGGAGCAGGCUUUCAGGGCUGCACAAGAAGCAGCUGUAAAUUCAACAGAGGAAAAUGAAGAAACUGAGGAAGAUGAAGAUGAGGAAGAUGACUAUGACUAAUAAAAAUAAAAUUAGCCCAGUCUUAUGAGACUGAUACACACAUCCUCCUUAUUUGGGACUGAUAUAUAUAUAUAUAUAUAUAUAUAUAUAGUUGCCUAUAUAUAUAUAGGCAACUAUUGAUGUGCAAAAUAUCAUUCCUUGAAAAUAUAAAAUUUGGAAUUUCGUAUGUGGAACUAUUAACAUGUACUUUUAGAAAGAUACUCAAUGGAUUUUUCAGAGGCUAAAUGACAUUUUCUUACAUUACUGUUCUGACGGCUGCAGCUAAUGGAGUAUGUGCCUCUAUAUUUUUUUCUUUCUUUUUUUUUAAGUCUCAGGUUGAAUUUCUAAUAUGGCAAACAUGGAAAUACAUAACCCACAAAAGCUCCUUGGGAACUUAAAUAUUUUUUGAGCAUCAAGGAAUACUGAGACCAAAAAUAUUGAUAAUAACUAAAUUAGAGCAUGUGUUCUUAAGCAAUCUGUGAUACUGUGUGCAAAUAUUGUGUGUAUGUAUGUACAUCUCUAUAUAUAUUCCCCCCCUGUGGGGAGAGGAUAUAUAACUCCACCACCUGCUCAAAGACUGUGGGAACACUCAAAUUUUUUAACUCUUUUACUUGUUGCUUCUUAAAGAAAUGUCUCAAUGUAACUCUUCUUUCAUCCUAUAGAAAUUGGUUUUAUCUGAUUUCAGGGAAAACAAUUUGCACAGAGAUGGCUAGCUGGGACAUCCAAAGACUUCAAACUGAUAUUUUCUACCACUGCUUUUCUAAAAUUAGUUAUUUCCAUUCACCAAAAUAGUAUUUUUAAGUUCUAUAUGUGAUGUGCCAGGCACUGUGGGGCUACUGUUAAAAACUAGACAUUGCUCCUGAAAUCUUAGCGCUUACAUUCAAGGAGGGAAACAUAUAACAGUAGAUAAUUAGAAUAGCAGGUAUUGUGAUACAAAUAUUAUACCAUAGGACAGUGUCUGUCAAACUCUGUGGUGAAGAACCAAUUAAAAAAAAAACACAAAACUUCUAAUCCAUGGCUAUUAUCUGUGUAAAAUAGAAUAAAAGUAUGUCAGCAAUUGUAACUUCUAUAAUUAUCUUGUCACAGACUGGUGGUUUGCAGCUCAGCAAUCUACACUUUGAGGAACGUUGCUUAUCAAACACUUAGAAGGUGCAUUUAAUCCAAACUUGAGCAGUUCAGGAAGCAUUUCUAAGUGGAAGC